AUGGCUGAUGGCCUCGACAGCGAGGUCACAGUCAACACUAGGGCUCUGAUAGACAAGGUCCUAGCCCGAUACUCAAGCGAGCAUACCACCUUGCGCGAGUUGAUUCAGAAUGCUGCCGAUGCGAAAGCCAGCACCGUCACCAUCAGGCUGGAGACAGACCCCUCAUUAAACGUCCCAACACCCCAAGGAGCGGAGGAUCCCGUACUUCUCAGACAUAAGAUCCAGAAUCACACCCUAAAGCGCCUGGUGGUGACCAACAACGGCCAAGCAUUUUCUCCCGCAGAUUGGAAAAGACUGAAGAGUAUUGCAGAUGGUAACCCUGACGAGACCAAGAUCGGCGCGUUCGGCGUGGGCUUCUACAGCGUCUUCGCGGACUGCGACGAGCCUUUUGUAGUUUCUGGAGAUAAGACCAUGGCUUUCUACUGGAAAGGCAAUACGCUCUCCACCAAGAUAGCAUCUGUUCCUGCAGAUCACGAUACGUCGUUGACCAUCUUUUCUCUGGACUAUCGACAAGCAAAUCCGGCGUCACCGUCCUACAGCCCUUCAAAGCUGCCGAACAUACCGACGCUUUGUCAAUUUCUGGCAACCAGUCUGACUUUCGUCGGACUCGAAAGCAUUGAGCUGCACGUAGAUGACUAUGUUGUUGCAUCCUUCUCGAAGAAGAUGUCCCCUCCCGAAGACAUCCGAGUACCUCCCGGCCUCAAGACUGAGACGGAGGGUGGCCUCAUGCGGGUCAUCAACGUCACUCGACAGCACUCUCAGAUAGACGCGGAGUGGCUGAAUGUGAUUGCUACCGCACAAUUACCGCCGAAGAGGGCUGCAGAUCUAGUGCAACAAGAAGUACGCAACGCGGGGACUACCUUGAGGAGCUUCUUCUCGAAAUUCUCAGCUCCAGCUCCGCAGCCUGCUGCGAAAGCCGCAAAGCCAACUCCCACAGAAAAGCUUAGCUCGGACCAGGCCAUUGCUGGUGAAUCAAAGAGCACAAUCUUCUUACAGUCCUACACUGUUGAAGCAGCCACCAAAGUGUCGCAGAAGUUUGCUGCCGAGAUUGAACGAUCAACGAAGAAAUCUCCACCGAAGUCGACGAAGAUUGCACUGUUGACUUCUCCGUACCAAGAUCCUUCAGCCAUGCUCUCCACCGGCUCUGGUAGUACUGCAGAAAUGUCCGCAAAGAUCUUUGCAGAAGUGCUGCCUACCAAAUCUGGACGCAUCUUCAUUGGAUUUCCAACUGCUCAGACGACUGGAUAUUUGGCCCACAUAUCAGCCCCAUCACUCAUCCCAACAGUCGAGCGUGAGAAUGUUGACAUGAACGCACGUUACAUAUCCACAUGGAAUAUCGAACUCCUACGCGUGGCUGCCUUGGCUUGUCGGAUCUCCUACGUUUCUGAGAUGGCUGAGAUUCAAGCUCGUGCCAAGGCGGAAUCCAUAGAAGCUUUGAUUCCCCGGGCUGUCUACACACUGCAGCAGUAUACUGCAAACACCUCACAUCCUUCAACAUCGCUUGGCGAGAGGAUUGACGAGGCUUUUUGGAGCUGUUCUAAAGAGCGCUCGAUUGCGAUUCUAUCGACUAAGGGAGUCAUGGCCAGCAAGAAUGUGCGUAUGCCGGCCGAAACAUUGAGCUUCCUGAACGAAGUGCCCAUGGUACCCCAACAAUUAGCCACUGAGGCUGUUGCUUUUAUGCUCAAUCUGCACAGGCGAGGCUUCAUCACGGAGCUCACUAUGCAAGACAUCCGCCAAGGAUUAGAGUCUCGCGCGCUCAACGAAGAGGAGCUGAGUGAGUUCAUACGAUGGUGCGGUGCGAAACUUGAGAGCGGCGAGAUCGACAUUCCUGGAUCGCGCAGCCUAUUCGAGAAUACCGUCGCUAACGUCGAUAUUGUACCGGAAAAGAACUCGGGCAGGAUCCUUGCUCUUGGAGACAUCAGCACCUACGUCAACCCGGCCAGGAUUACACCGACAUUGCCCUUGCCAUCUGACACGAUCCCGUUCGCAUUCACCAAGAACAUGACUGCCAAGCAGCUGCAAAUGUUUGGCUGGAUCGAGCUAUCGAUGGUUCGGUGGCUCCGGCACCUUACGACGCCCCCACAGCUGGCCGAGUUUACUUCGUCUGAGACAUUAGCUCUAGCGGUACUCAGUCUAGCAUCGAAAUGCUGGGAGCAGCUCGACGGUUCCUCGAAAGACACUGUUGUGAAGAUUCUGACCCCACAUGCCAUCAUACCCACCAAGGUAGGGCUGCGACGUCCACAAGAAUCGUACUUUCCUACCGUCAAGCUGUUCGAUGAUCUCCCCACGGUGAAGCCUUUUGCUGGGUCGAAAGAGAAAUUUCUGCUGGCUUUAGGUAUUCGAAAGACUAUCGACUUACCCAUGGUCUUUGACAGGAUGCGUAGCAAGGAUACUGGCUCCGAAAAGGCAUCUUGGAACCACGUGGAUCUAUUGAAGUAUUUCGCUUCUGUCAUUGAUGAAAUCCCAAAGAAGGAUCUAGAUCGACUGCGUGAAACGCCUUUUCUGCCUGGAGAGGGAAAGCUAGUGAAACCAGGACAGAUGUUCAAAGCAUCAGAACUCUACGCACCCGAUCCGACUACCCUGUCACUUGGUUUGACGCAGAUCAAGAUUCCGUUUGAGUUUAAAUCCAGUCUUCGUGAGGGGGCUCUCCUUCUGCGACUAGGUUUGAAGCAGUGGCCUGAUUCUACCAUAAUGGCGAAUAUCCUUCACCGCGCUGGGUUGGCCAGUGAUCAGAAGUUGUAUCUUUUGGCCCUGGAUUAUUUCCUGCAAAACUACUACAAGAACAACUACGGUGCAGAAGUAGCCAAAUUCGCAGCUCUGACUCUUGUAAUCCUGCCGACAGAACAGGCUCCAUUUCCGAAUCUUGUUGCGCCGUUCCAAUGUUACAUGAACGAGAACGCAGCCUGCUUAGGCUUCUCUGUUCUGAGGUCGGAUCUACGCCCACAUGCUGAGAAGCUCGGAGUCAAGCGAGAUCCUCCGAUCGUAACAUGUGUACAGCAACUGCUCAAGUCGCCGCCCAAGAGCAAGAUUGAUGCAGAAAUGCAGUUCGCGUACUUUGCCAGCAGAGGUAGUGAGCUGGAUCAGUCUCGUGGGCUUGUGGACAGCUUGUCGACUGCUAAUAUCGUCCCAAUUUUCCGAGCAUACUAUCUGGACCCGACCUGCAGUGGCUUCCAGGACAACUCAAAGCGACAAACAGGCAAAACCGAGAUGCGAAUCCACCACUUCAAUCCGCCGGAGCAUGUGUUUGUCGGUCGCGACCAGGAAUACCGCGGCAUUCUCGACUAUGUCCAUUACGGUGCUGAGGCUACAGCCUUCUUAUUGAAGAUUGGAGCGAAGCAUGAGCCAAAUACGCGGGAUCUUGCAGAGCUUCUGACCAUCCAGCCAGGCCGCUUCCUCAACACCAUUGGCCAAGAGAAGUAUCUUGACCUGCUACGGAAGCUGGCUGAACAUGCACCUGCGUUGUGGAAGGAAAAGGCGUUGAUCGAGAGACUGGUGGCUUCCAGGAUGCUGCUUGGUUACAGGGACAUCAAGGAAGACUCUAAGAAGGAAGAAUCCGUAGAAGAUGACCUGGAUGACUUCGAUGAGCCAGGCGUGCAUCGCGAGUGGUCGCUUAACAGCGCCCGGGAGAUCGUUAUUAUUGACGAUGUCAACCACCUCUACAGAUUUCGCGACUACAUCAUUGCAGCACCGCAAGAAGAGGCUCUCGAAGAAUUCUAUGCACGUCUCGGUGCGCCAAAGAUCUCAGACCUGGUCAAGACCAACCAGACAAUUGGCGUCGUCGCUCGUGAUCAGAGUCCUGCCAUUCAGCUACGCAAAGACAUAUUGGAGCGCGCUAGACUAUUUCUCCACGAGUACGAGCGAGAUGGAUCCUCGAAAGCUAUAAGGCAUGACGCGAAGUGGCUUGCGUCCAAUCUGACUGUGCAUUGCGUGUCGGAUAUCUCGAUUCGCUAUGCACUUGCAGAGCGCAACGUUACAACCUCGUCCAAGAAGUCUGCAAUAAUCGUCAAGAUGCGGGCUGCUGGCUACGUCUUGAGUAUCACGCCGAAGUACGACCUGUACGAAGUGUCAAAGGAACUGGUCCGGCUUCUGAUUUCUCGACCUAAGCAGAACGACACCAUCGCGCUGGAACGUAUCCUGACAGAGCCACUGCGAAGGCUGCAACAAAAGGGUAUCAACGUAGAACGGAUUCUUCGUCGGAAGGAACACGAGGCCCGUAUCGCAAAGCAGCAAGAGCUGGAGCACGAGCAGGAGGAACGAGACCGCGCGACGGAACAAGCAAAAUCUGCUGUAGUAAGGGGAGCUGAUACUGAGAACAUGCCCCCACCGUCCACUCCGGAGAAGUCCAAAAAUAUGCCCGGUGCAUUCGGCAACAGCCCAGACCACUCCACGGAAGUUGCCAACAACCGCCAGUCGAUGGACAAUGGUUUGAUUGGAAAUUGGGCGAAGAAGUUGGGUUUCAAGAACGCGCCCACACCCCCACCCGCUUCUGAACGCCAGGGCACUGAUGGCCCGCAGAUCGGUCGGGACAUCCAAGCCACAAAGUCGAACAUCCAGAACGCCAUUAAAGAAUGCAGGCCUGCUGGCCAGCAAAAUAUAAACACAAAGCACCACCAGGAUCCCACGGAGCUUGACAGAGGCGGCUACUGCAACGGUGAGCAGUGGGAGAACCUGCACAAGGCUUUUUCUGUUCCGUUCAAUGGCAGACACGUCGACAUCUACUACGGUCGUGAUGAAGCUGCACCGCCUGCAGAAUUGCAGCCACUGCUCGGCAGCUUCCUCCCGCUCAUCUUCGGGCUGACUGGCAUAUUCCAGGUCAACCCUGCGGCCGUCAACAUCUUCCUUGACAGGAAGUCCAAUACUGUCGCUUUCAAUCUCAGCGGCAGUCUGUUCUUCAACCUUGCAUGGUUCAUAACCCUGCAUGCGCCGGAAUUUGACUCUCGUGAGGGCAGGCUGCGAGCGCUGGACAGCUGGUUCUUCACCUACUGCCACGAGCUGGCGCACAACCUGGUAGCAGACCACAAUGCUAGGCACAAUUGGUACAAUCAACAGAUUGCGAUCGAGUACAGCCAACAGUACCGGGCGGCUUUGGAGGGAUUCACGAGGAAUCUCUUGAUUUAA